AAACCGAUCGGACGCGUUACUCGUUUUUUUUCGGGUGGAUCUUUGACAGGGAUCACACAAAAUCGGACAGGAUCGCGUGUUACCACGUCGAACCGUAAACCGUCGUGAGUGUUUUCGUGCGUGCGUGUUGUGAAGAGGUGCCAGAACUAGAAAACCGUUCGAACGGUUUCGGUGAAAUUGGAUUCAAGCAGUGACAAAACAAGUUGUUCGGCGAGGCUGAAACCGGGGGACAAACCCGUGAAGGAAAGUGUUGAUAUUUGCUGUGUCCAGUUCUCGAAUAAAGGCCUGUCUGCAGGCCUACCUGCCUGCCUGCUGGAAAGCAACGUGUCGAACAAGCUGCGGGAAGCCGCGAAGAAAACACGUUUCGUUUUUUUUAUAAUUCGACCGAUAGUUCUGAAUUCUCGAUGUCGUGUUCGCGUAUUGAUGGGCAACUGGAUGCGUGGUGAGCCAUAUUUUUAGUGGUGGGACUCCCACGCACCCCCAAGCGUUAUUGUUGUUGCUGUUGUUGCUGUCGAAUCGGUUGCUGUUAUUGUCGUUCCCUGCUUCGACUGAGUAGGCGCUUCAAUCGUAGAAUACGGAACGAAUGGUUGUUUGUUUUCCGAGUGUGGAAGAGUGUGUCAUUUGACAGUGCGUGACGUGCUUCAAGGUGUCGAAUGUAAUUGCAUCAGAAGGAGCAUCGAUCGAUUGGGGUGUCGAUAUUCGUGGCAGGGCAGCACCACCGCGGAAUGUGGUUUUUCGGUUCCCCUGCCCCGGGAAGAAGGUCGUGUGUGCCAAAAGACCAUUAGUUGAGACCGGGCCGGAUCGGAGUGUGAAAUCGGAGGUGCUGGCGGUGGCAGCAGCAGAUAGCAGUUAGGGAAGGUUAGAAUUUACUUUGUCGCGCACGAGCGACGAGUUACUGCUGCGGCCCGGCGAUGGAUGGCGUGAAAAAUCGAAUCGAAGAAGCUGAUUAAAGCGAAGAGAUUAGAGUGUCAGCUCCGCGAGGCUAAAUUGGUUGUGUGGCUGUGGGGUUGUGAUGAUUUUUUUUUUCGUUCUGUUGUUUUUGUUGUUUGGUUCCAUUCUACUCUAGUUGAUGAAAGAGUGCAGAAAGAGUGAAGGGAGGUACAAGGUGCUAAAAAAAGGAGCCUGAAGUGAACGACAGAAAAUAACAACGGAGUUGGUGGUACCGACGAAGGUAGCAAAAUAAUAAAAAAAAACGUGAUUUUAGCGAAACGGUCCUUGCACACAUACUCACACUCAUACACACACACAAACGUAUAGAUAUAUACUCACACGUAUCCAGCGGGAAAGAGGUGGAUUCGAUUUUUAAACGGUCGUGCUCUCGGGAUGGUGGUUUUUUCGAGGAAUUCGUUCGAGGUAAACUGAUUAGAACGGCUCGAAUGGCAAGAAAUUGUUUGCUGGUCCGAAGGAAGCAAAGGAAGGCAGGAAGGUUCCAGAUCGAAAGGUAGAUGCUGUCCCCGCUGAAGCGCCACUAGCGGUCGAUUGCGAAAGCGCCAAAUAUAAACAACAACAACAUCCAUCGAAUGCUGUCAGUGGAAAAUGGGUUAACCGUGUGCAUGUCGUCAUGAUUUCGAAACCAGUGUGAACCCGUCCAGUGGGUGCGCGGUGAACAAACAAAAAAAAAAUAAAAACAAGCAAAACAAGCACACCGGCAAACACUUAAUUAGAACGAAAGCGAAAAUAAAAACACGGACGGAGGUAGAAAUGUUCUCAUGGAGUCGCCAUUUUUGCUGUCGCUUGUGGUUUCCAGAGUGCUGCUAAACGACGUCACCGCGUGACGUCAAAUAAAAGAAAAAAAAAACACUCACAGAAAACUAGUGAAAGGAUCACGUGACGGUUGGUAAUUAGUUAGCUAGCUAGAUCCCGGUUUUUUUUUUCGGUGUACCGUCGGUCGGCCGCCGCGUUAAAUGGAAGUGCACUCAACGAGAAUUCGAUGUUCAGUAGCGUGCAGAUCAGAACGGUGGGCAAGUGAGUGAGCGGCCGAAAAACAGCUAGGAGCGCAGAAGAAAGGGAAAGCGGAAGCAGUAUGACUUGUGCAGCAGAAAAAAGAAUGUUUCACCGGGGAGCCAACGCUGCCACAGCAACCGCCAUCUGGUGGACCAGCUGCUGUUGGGUACUGAUCGGUACCCUGAUCCAUCGGACAGCCGGGCUGGACCCGAAAUUCGAUCCGUCGACCCGGAUGCGGCUGGUACUGGUGCCAGCGGAUGCCACCGUCGGUUCCAUCAUCUACCGGUUGCGGGCCACCGACGAAGAGUUCGAGUAUCCGCUACAGUUCGAGUUGGUUGGUGACGCCUCGGCCUCGACGGUCCAGAUCGAGACUCUACCGUGCACCAAGUUCAACUCGAUCUGUCAGGCCAACGUGAUACUGACGAGACGGCUCGAACCGGGCCGGUACUACGAUUUCCAGGUUUCGGUGAAGGACACCAAGGGGGGCAUGUCGGUGCAGAGCUGCUCGAUCACGGCCACCAAUUUCACCACGCCGCACGAUCUCAUAUUUCCGCACAAAACCGGCAUCAUCAUGGUACCGGAGGAUGCCAAAAAGGGUACCGAACUAGAUUACGUGCUGGCCAACAGGAAUCCUCUGCAGCAGAAACCAGUUUAUCUUGAACUUUGGGGCUCACCACUGUUCGCCAUUCGACAGAAAAUCGUUUCCCCGGAGAUGACCGAGGGCACCAUCUUUCUGCUGGGACCGCUGGACUUCGAGCGGCAAGCAAUGUAUCACCUCACCGUACUGGCCAACGACGCCUACGCGGAACCGGGACAGGAUUCGCGCAACAUCGCCGGUCUGGAAGUGGUCAUCAUCGUGGAGGACGUACAGGACGUUCCGCCCGUAUUCACGGUGGCACCACCCGUCACCCGACUGCCACCGGGUUUGAUUCCCGGCGAUAAGGUCCUGCAAGUUCACGCCGAAGACGGUGACAAGGGCGUACCGAGAGAGAUCCGCUAUGGACUUGUUUCGGAGGGAAAUCCUUUUACGUCGUUCUUCGAAAUCAACGAAACUAGUGGUGAAAUCUCUCUUCUUCGUCCGUUGGACGACAUCCUGGCGCUGACGCACGUGGGCGACCCGGUCCUGCUGACAGUAAUUGCCGAAGAGGUCAAGGUCGCUCGCGAUGAACCACCGGCCAUGGCAACAACGGUGCAACUGGCAUUUUUCCUCCCGGAACGGAGCAACUCCCCGCCAUACUUUGAAAAUGACCACUACGUCACCCGUUUGGAGGAGAAUUCCGCUCCGGGGACGACAUUGACCUUCACCGAUCCGUACACGCCACGCGUCAUGGACGAUGACGCCGGUAAAAACGGAGUCUUUUCGCUGACGUUGAUUGGCAAUAACGGAACGUUCGAAAUAUCACCCAACGUGGCCGAAGGACACGCUAAUUUCGUGAUCCGCGUCCGGGACAACUCUCUACUGGACUACGAAACCGUGGAGUUCGUUCACUUUCAGAUUCUCGCCCAAGAGCUCGGACCGGCCACCAAUCUGUCGACGUCGGUGAACGUAACGGUUUAUCUUUCGGACAUCAACGACAACCCACCGGUGUUCGAGCAGAGUGACUACAUCGUGGAUCUUCCGGAGAACAUGACGGCCGGAACGCGGGUGGUGCAGGUACACGCAACCGACGUCGAUACCGGUUUGGGCGGAAAAAUCCGAUACACUCAGAUUCUGGGCCCGCAGAAUACUUCCCUGAAUCUGGAUCCGAUCUCCGGUGUGAUUACGGUGGCUACCAACAACCAUGGUUUCGAUCGGGAAGCCAUGCCCGAGUAUCAUCUGUACGUGGAAGCACGGGACGACGAUGGGAUCGGUAAUCGUGCGCAGGUUCUGCUGGUCAUCCGGCUGAUAGACGUGAACGACGAAACGCCAAUCUUCGAGAAAAGUCUGUACGAAUUCAUUCUCUCGCCGAGCCUGCGAAAUUUCACCAUCCCAGCGUUCAUCAAAGCAACCGACGGCGAUGCCGAGGCACCCAACAACGAGGUUCGCUACGAACUAAUCUAUGGCAACUACGAAAACAAGUUUGAACUGCAUCCGAUUACGGGCGAGCUCAAACUGACCUCAGCCCUUGUCCGGAGGGGUAAAAACGCUCGCCAGAGACGCCAAGCUAGUCAGCAGUCUACAACGGAUUCGACGGAAUCGGAUAUGUUCGUCCUGACGGCCCGGGCAUUCGAUCUGGGCGUUCCGGUGCGAUUUUCCACCUGCACCAUUCGUGUGUACCCACCGGAAAGCCGAACGCGGACGAUGACUUUCAUCGUGCCGGGACACGAUCCAGACCGGGCGCGGGUUCAGGAAACCCUGGCCGAUGUGACCGGUGGCCGUGUCAUAAUUCAGGAAAUUCGACCGUACAGUGGAACGGUUCCCGGUGCCACCGAUAUCGGUGGAAACAGUAAGGAUCGCAGCGUAGUCCUGGCCACCAUUCUGUACGACGGUGAUUCCGUGGUCGACAUCGGUCGCAUCCAGCAGAGACUGUCCGCCAACGGUACGGUAAUCAGCAGUCUCAGUCAGGAUGAACGUAGUGCGAUCCUCUACAAAGCGGAGAACCGGGUACUGUUCUGGUUGUUGAUCUUCCUAGCCAUACUGCUGGCACUGGGCAUACUGACCCUGUUGCUGUGCUGCAUUUGUCCCUGGUGUCCGCUGUACGCCGCCACGAGAAAAAGAGUAAUUAGAGUCAAUAGUAUCGAAGAUGAUGUUCAUCUUGUUCAUAGAGAGCAAGUCAUUGGAAAACAGUCAAAAUCUGUUCAGGUCGCGGAAUGGAUGGGACGAAGAGAAGCCUGGUCGGCGGAUCGAUCGUCCGAUUCCCGUACCAAACCGACGCGUUGGGAAUUUAGAGGAAGACGACACGCUAACAAAGCCUCACUAGCGGCGGCGUCCUCCACGGCUUCCGGCCGCGACAACCAGGGACUCACGAUUGACGAUGAUGAAGAUGGCAGCGGCGGCGGCGGCGGUGGUGGAAACAGCAAUACUAGAAGCGGCGGCGGUGGUGGUGGUGGUGUAGGACGUUUGCCACCGCAAACUGACAAGAAGACGAUGACCGAUGGCGGUGGAAAAACGAAAGAGCAGACUGUUAAAAUUAGAAACGAAUAUAAAUCCAAAUCGGCCAAGGAGCAGCAGCAGCAUGUUACAGGAGUUGGUGGCGGCGGCGGUGGUGGUGGUGGUGUGGGCGACGGGUUGCACCGUUCCCGGAGUAAUCUGUUAAACAACGAACAACGCACGGACAUGUACAUCGAGGACGUGGACGAUCAGGACGAUCCCGAGUAUCAGUCGUUGCGGCGCGUCCAUCAUCAUCAGCAGCAGCAGCACCACCACCACCAUCAGACACAGAUCGAUGACGAUUCGAUGCGACGGCACGAGAUGGACCGGGGGAGUGAUUUGAACUACGAACGGCGGGGUAGCUUCAAGCGACAGGGGGGACUGGGUGGUAAUGUUGGUGGGCUGGACGACGGGAUCGAACCGCGGGAUCAGUAUUAUAUUAAGGAUGGGAAUGCGGAGAUUCUCCGGUUGAUUACCAGGGGCAGAAACGAGGAGGAGAACAUCUAUGUGAAUGUUCCCCAGCGAGGUGGCGGUGGAGUUGGUGGACAGGGUCCGAAUCAACCGCAGUACAUCAUGGUGGACAAUGGGGGGAAGGAGAUUCUGAUGAGACGAUACAUUGAAGAGCAAGCGAACGGAAAACAGAUAAUUCGGGAGCACUAUCAGUUACUGCCCGGGGCCACUUUCAUACAGACCAUCCCGAAUGAGGUUCCCACGGGGUACCGAGGGGAACAUGUAACGGAGGUCAAAGUUGGUCUUGACCAGAAAACGGAGAGGGGUUCCGCCCGGGAUGUCGAUGAUGACGAAAUUCAGAUAACGCAUGCCGUUUCGAACCACUCGCUGAUACAGCAGGAGUUGGAGAAUUCGCUCAAGCAGCAGAACGCUUUGUUGCGACAGAUUCUGCUGGAGAAGGAGAAACUGGAGGAGAAGUACAACCAGCAGGAUCAGGCACUGGAAACCCAAAGUUUGCCAUGCCAAUCGAUGGCGGUGGUUGCUGCGACACAAACCGACUGCGAAACGGCGACACAAACCGAACCGAUCCGGAUCGAGAGAAGAAGAACCAAAAGCGAAAACGACGAUUCGCUGUCGGAGGACGAAUACGAGUACAUCAAGUACAGUCCACCGGACAGUCCGGAUGGUGUUUAUUUGAUCAAGCGGAAGCGUACCCGAAAGAAGACCAAAUAUAAAACGGACGGAGAGUCGAGCGAAGGUCGAACGGGGCGGAGAUUUAUAACCGUGGAAUCGGUGAAGCGAAAAAUACGGACCCCAAUUCAGGAGGAGGAGGAACCCAAAAGAUCACCUCCGAAGCAUGCAGAAACGAGAGCCAGCAUACUGAGACGGAAGCGAAACGAGGAGAGACUGAAGAAGGAUGUGCUUAUGGAAAUUUCCGACUCGUUGGAAGACAAAGACACCAAAAAGAAGGAGAAACGUAAGAAAGUCUACAAGAAGAACGUGAAAUACUACGAGGAUUCCGAUGGAUCCGACAAGGAGGUAAUGGCACAGAAGUACUUUUCAGCGGAUAGUUUGGAUGAGAUGAAUUCCGACGUCGAGGACUACAGUUAUUCGGUGACGAAGAGCUCCAAAUCGGUCACGGUUUCGCCAAGGGCUGGGGUACAGCAGAGAAUAUCCAGGCGGGACAACAAGACAACGGAAACGACGACCACACGAAUACGGUUGGCUACUUCGGAGUCACCCUCCCGGCCCUACAAGGGCCCCGCACCGAAGCCACCUCGAUUAACGAAAUCUCUGUCGAAGGAAGGCUUGGAAACACAGGACGGACGAGACAUCCCUGCCAAGUACAUGGAUUGGUACUACAAUCUCGGGAAAGACGAUUCGUUGGAAAAGAAAGGUAGAAAGUUUGCCAAAAAGAAACAGACCUCAUCGUCUUCCAAAGAGGAUGAUCCGAAGUUCAAACCGGAACCGAUGCCACGAACGUCUCCUCCGAAGGAUGCACGUUUGCUGAAGGAAGACAUUCAGCUGGCCAAGCGUGUUCAAUCGCAAUCCUCCAGCGAACAGACCAGCCAUCCCCUUUUGCAGCACUCCGAACAUCGGUUCGAAGCCGAAUAUGAUCCCCAUUCGCAGGUACAUCCGCCGCCUGACAAACUACCGCACUACCUGUACCCGGAGACACCACCGAUCGUAAACCGGGACAAUAAGGUUCAGAUCAAGAUUGUCGAUUCUUCCUCCGCGAGUAAACCAUCUCCGAUCAAGGAGCAUGAAGUCAAAGAGUCCCGCUCCCGACCGGUCGAUCCGGCGAUGCCCGGAAACACAACCACAAAAACCCUGAACGCUUCCACACUGGAGGACGAUCACGAUUCCGGCAUUGCGAUGAACUCGUUGCUGCACAACAAAAGCAAACGGCACCCGAUCACGGACAAGAAAAGCAUAUUCACCAUCGCGUACGACGACGUACGCAUCCGGCAGAUCCGGUCGGAGAGUGACACGCCGCCCUUUUCCUAACAGCGGCCGCAGCAGUCUACUGACGGCAAACGGCAACAGCAGCACAGCCGGCGGCUACGGAAGCAGUACAACGCUCCGGCCGAACAGCAGCACCAGCACCAGCGGCGAACUGGAAGCGGGAAGCUGGUGCUGCCGUACCGAAAUAGCGACUGAUGCGAGCGAUCCGGAGCCUCCGUAGGCUGAGUUUCGAAUUACGUUCGAUAGUUUGAAGAACGAUCGAAAGUGCUUCCCCUACGUUUUGUGAUCAGUUCAGAAGCGUGUGAACAUUUAGACAAAAUUUUACAGUACAAACUAACCGUGGACACAUUUGGCCUAACAGAAGCAUUUUCCUCGUUGGUGACAAAUAUCAAAACCGGUGCCGCUUGGACAACCCCCUCCCCCCUUAUUGUUCUCCCCUUUACGAUGUAAGUUUAUCCUCAUGUUCUAAAGUUGGAGUAAACGCGAAACUGCCAUAAGAGAUAAGUUCACACUUAAGUAAAUAGCGCCAUUUUUCUUUUCCUAUAUGAAUAAGUAUAUACAUGAUAUUUAAAAAAACACAUAAAAGAAGAAGAACGGAUCAAUGGUUAAAGAAUCAAGCGAGCAAAAUUGAAGUAGUUUAAGCCACUUUAAUGAUCCGGCGCCGUCUUCUUGUCGAACGGUGCAGCCCCAUCGAGCGCCCCAAUGUUAAACAUUCUACAACAACCAAGUGUCAUUCCGAUCGUGCUAAGUUUCCUAUCCCUUUAAGAACUUGUACAGAGUAGCUGUUUCGUUCCGCGUUUAAGUUUUGUGUAUAUUAGUAGGACCAUAGUCGUGAUUUUAGUACAAGGAUUUUUGCCCUCCGCGGACUACCUUCUAGAAAGCGGAUAACCCGUUGUUUUUCGCGCCCUAGUUAUCAAAUAACUAGUCUGUUUUAGGUUUAUGUUGAGUUACGCCCACACGUAGUGAUAUUUUUCUUCCAAAAAAAAAAAAAAACAAAACAAACAAACAAUAAAGAACAAGACGAAAUGGAUGGUGUUUCGUCAUACUCAUUGCCUAUAGUUGCUUUCGAUAGAAGCGAUCUUCCACGAACACGGCUGAAAAUAUCGAAGCAACCUGCGGUUGCCUAGCAGCCCUAGUUGGGGACUCAUUCCAAUGUUGUGUUAAAAUAACUCAUUUCGGACACUCUUCUCUAUCCUGUGUUAUAAGUUUAAAAUAGCGGUUAAGGUGUAGUUUAGUUGAAUCGGUUGCGAUCGAGGUUGCAGCAAGUUGUAAAGUUGACUGUAAGUACUAUGAAUGUAAACAGGAGAGAAAAGGCGUAAGUAAAUUUGUAGCCAGAACCAGACUCUAUUCCUAGCCCUGUGUAUAAGCAAUCUGUAGUUAUUAAUCCAUCGAUCGAACCGAGUGGAGUUCGGUGGGUUAUAGAAGUUUAAAGAAGAUAUUUUGAAUAAU